AUGGAGAAUCUCUCUCAUUCUCGGCACCCAAACAGGUCCUCCUCUUCUCUGCCGAAGAAAGCUUGCAACGGAAAUGGUGGUUUUAGCUACGGCUCCGGCAAGACGGCUAACACCUCCACAACAUACGACGACGUUUUCGGUGGUCCGCCUAGGUUCGGAGCUCCGACGCUAUCUCCUCGCCUCGAGGACUAUUGUGAGAUAUUCGCCGGGUUUAACGGCUCCUCACGCGCCGCCGCCGUUUCCUCGAUUCCGGUGCUCGAUCUUCCACUUGUAGAGGAUAGAGAUGUCUACUUCGAUGUUCGCAGCCAGGGCUUUGACUACAAUGAAGUCUUCGGAGGUUUUAAUGAUCUCGAUUUAGCGCCGUCGUAUGAAGAGCUGUUUAUGCAGCGGUCUACUGUUGAUGAUGGCGAUUCCUCCGACGAUGCUUGGACUCCGGAAGAGGUAGAGUCGUUCUCAGGAGGUGGCACAGAACAUUCAAAAAGCCCAUGCUUUUCUAAUGGCAGAGAUUCAUACGAUUCGAUUGAAGGCUGCACAGAGUUCAACAUCUCUUAUAACAAAGCUAGCCAGAUACGUGACGCUAACAUGACCAGUGGCGUGAUACGUGUAGCUGAUCUUGGUGCUGUUCCUGGCUACACCGUUGCAGUUGAUGAAACUGGGCCCUCUUCUAUUGGUAGAGGUACAAGUAGUACUAAACAUGUCUUUGAAGGCAAGGAUUGUGCUCAAAAGUAUUACUUUGAACCUUUUGUGACUGUUUCUGAGAUUGGUUUGAAGACUCAUCCUACUGGAAUACCACCACCUUCGAGACCACCUCCGGUGUUGAAGAGCGGUUUUAGAAGUUCGGCUUCUAAUUCUAAUUCUAGAACCACUGGAUCAGAAGGGUCUGCGGAAGGGAGUUCGCCACCGUUCUUUGAUGUAGAGGUUGAUGCAAACUCAGCUGCUGUGAGAGAAGCUAUGGUUAAAGCUGAGGCAAAGCUAAAAAGUGCAAAAGAGAUGUUCGAAAGGAAGAGAGAUGCGGCACGAACAACCACGAAGCGAACCUCCAUGAGCAAUAGGAUGGUAGAGGAAGGGAAACCGAGCCAUACAGCUGCUUUGUCUCUGAGGGAUAAGCAUGGAAGUAAGUCUCUCUCUUCUCAAGGGUCUGCAAAUUCUGACGGAAACGAUGAGUGGGAAGAGGCUUCACAGUUUGUUGAAUUGGUGAGAACAGAGCCACUUAGAAAUGCUGAUGAGAACAGUGGAGUAUCUUUGCCCGUUUAUGCCGAGUUCUUUGAUCAGAAACUGACAUGGGCAGCUAAUGUUGACUGGGAGAAACAACAGAGGAGAGCAAACGGAGAUAGGGAUGAUCAUGGAUCUAAGAAGUUGCCAAAACACCCUGGAACGAGAAAGGUAGCAUCUAGGCAUAAGAGACAUGAGGACAGGGUUGCAGAAAAGGUUCCUGAAGAGCCAAAGAACGAGAAAUCAAGACCAAUUCGGAAAGCAGCUGAAAAGAGCCAGGAAUGUGUGUUUGAUUGGGACCAAAAUGCGAGAAAGCUUAGGGAGGCUCUUGGUCUAGCAGAUAAUGAAAGCACGCUAGAAGUCUCCCGGGAAUCGAAUGGAGAUGGUAACAAUUUAAGAAUGCAUGGCGAAACAGAUGAGAGUGAGAUAAAACUGAACGAGGCCUUAAAGCGGAUGGAGGAGGAAACUAGGAUUAGAGAGGCUCGUGUAAAGGAAGAAAAUGACAGGAGAGAAUCUUUUGAGAAGGCAGAAAAUGAAGAAAGAGUAAAGGCAGCUUUGGAGCAAGAGGAGAAGGAAAAAAAGCUUAAGGAAGCUCGUGAAAAAGAGGAGAAUGAACGGAGAGCGGCAGAGGCUCGCGAAAAGGCAGAAUUAGAAAGGAAAAGGAGAGAACAAGAAGAGUUAGAGCUGCGGCGAAAAGAAGCUUUUGAAAAGGAAGAAAAGAACCGUAGAAUGAGAGAGGCUCGUGAGAAGGCAGAGCUUGAAAGGCAAAGGAAAGUUGCACUUGAACAAGAGAAGGAACGGAAAAUAAAAGAAGCACGUGAAAAGGAAGAAAACGAACGAAGAAUAAAAGAGGCUCGUGAGAAGGCAGAGCUGGAGCAAAGGCUGAGAGAAGCUCUUGAACAAGAAGAGAAGGAAAGGUUGAUUAAAGAGAGGGAAGAAAAUGAGAGGAGAGCUAAAGAGGCUCUUGAGCGGGCAGAGAAUGAGAGAAAGUUGAAAGAAGCCCUUGAGCAGAAGGAGAGAGAAAGAAAAGUGAAAGAGACGCGUGAAAAAGAGGAGAAUGAGAGGAAGCGGAAAGAAGCUAUUGAGCUAGAAGAGAAAGAAAAAAGGCUGAUAGAAGCUUUUGAGAGGGCAGAGACUGAGAGAAGACUGAGAGAGGAUAUUGAACAGGAAGAGAUGGAGACGAGGCUGCAAGAGUCCAAGGAAAGAGAAAGAACACAUAGAGAAAAUCAAGAGCAUCAGGAAAAUGAAAUGAAACGACAUGAAUAUACAAGUGAAGAAACAGACAAGAGACAACGAGACUCAAGUGAAAUGGCAGAAACCGGUGAAACCACCAACAAUGCUCAUGGAGAGCAAUGGUCGAAAGAGAGUCUUAGCGACACUCUAGAAGAUGAUGAGAGUGGAGACAGCCACGAAGCUGUGAACAAGGUACAAGAGGAUGAAGAAGAAGGACCAAGCCAGAGAGAAUCUAUGUCUGGAGAAGCUUGUCCUUGGAAGGUUUUUGAGAAGAACCUUAAAGAUGCCAGCCAAAAAGAAGGAACCAAGGAGCUGGAUACUGAAUCCGGGUUAUUUGGAAGGAAUGAAAAGGUGCCUCAGCUAGGUGAAGAAUCUGCUUCAUUGACUGACAAUGUUCAAGGAGGAAAGCUCAACCAGAAGAGCAAAAAGUUUGAGAGCACCAUAGAUUUCUCAGUGCUCAAAGGAGAUGGUGGUAUUAAAACUGAAGUUAAAGAAAGAUCAGAAGACGAGAAUGUCAGAAAUGCUAGUGUUGACCGUGAUCAAAGGAAUCCAGAGGAUAGAGGAAGGAUCAAUGAGACCCGAGCAGGUUUAAACCAAGAUGCAAAAUUAGAAAGACCUUUGCCUUCUCGAGUAUCCGUGCAACGUGAGAAAGAAGCGGAGAGACUAAAGCGGGAAAGAGACUCUGAGAUGGAGCGUUUGAGAAAGGUAGAAGAAGAAAGGGAGAGGGAAAGAGAGAGGGAGAAGGAUCGAAUGGCUUUUGAUCAGAGAGCAUUGGCUGAUGCACGUGAAAGAUUGGAGAAAGCAUGUGCUGAGGCCAGAGAGAGGUCUUUGCCUGAUAAAGUAUCAAUGGAGGCAAGAGUUAGAGCAGAACGUGCAGCAGUGGAGAGAGCAACCACUGAAGCUCGUGAACGUGCAGCUGAAAAGGCUGCUUUUGAGGCAAGAGAGCGAAUGGAGAGAUCUGUUUCUGAUAAGCAGUUGCAGAGCUCAGGUUUCUUUGGUGAAAGAAUGGAAAGAUCAGUUUCCGACAAGCAGUUUCAAAAUUCAGUCUCGUUUGGUGCUUCAAGGUAUCAAAAUUCUACUGGUACAAAUACUGAUGGUGAAUCGCCUCAAAGGUAUACAUCAAGAUUAGAAAGGCAUCGAAGAACAGCUGAUCGUGUGGCUAAAGCUUUAGCAGAGAAGAACAUGCGUGAUCUUGUGGCACAGAGAGAACAAGCAGAGAGAAUUAGAGUUGCUGAAACCUUAGAUGCCGAAGUAAAGAGAUGGUCAAGUGGCAAAGAAGGAAACAUAAGGGCACUACUCUCGACACUACAAUACAUCUUGGGUUCCGAGAGCGGUUGGCAACCGUUGCCGUUAACAGAAGUCAUAACAUCAGCAGCUGUGAAGCGAGCUUACAGGAAAGCAACACUCUGUGUUCAUCCAGACAAAUUACAACAACGAGGUGCGACCAUUCACCAGAAAUAUAUCUGCGAAAAGGUCUUCGAUCUUCUUAAGGAAGCUUGGAACAGAUUCAACUCGGAAGAAAGGUAG